GAACCCGGAAAAAACUGGGAGACAUAUGAAAACGAGCGUUACGAAUCAGAUGAAGACCACAACCGAGACGAUUCUUGGGAUGACUGGAAUGAAGAAGAAUCCCAACCAACCUUAUGCCUCUUUUGUGAAGAUGUUUCACCAAGUUCGAAAGAAGUUCAGAAUCAUAUGAGAAACAUUCAUGGAUUCGAUCUGUUGGAAAUCAAGAACUCUAUGGGUCUCGACUUUUACCAGACAAUUAUCUUAAUUAACUACAUAAGGCACAGUACGUCUCUUAAUGCAUGCAUUGCAUGCGGCGCAAAAUUUGAUAAAUUACAAAAUUUAACGGAACAUAUGACCAAGGAAAAUUGCUUUACCAAAGUUCCGCCGUUGGAUAAUCCUUUGUGGAAAGAUCCAAAGUAUCUCAUACCGACUCAGACUGAUGAUCCCUUGUUAGGAUUCGAGGAUGACAGUACUAGUGAAGAUGACAACGAUGAUUUGUCAUUGAAUUUUCCGAAUGGCGCUACGAUAAUUCCUGAGAAAGCGCCUGAUGAGGUAAAGGAGCAAAUUAGACAAAUGCUAACGUCAAACUACGAUGAAUUUCGUAGAGGUAUAAUAGGCUAA